UGUCUAUUGGUGGGGGUUUGGAGGAUUUUGUUGCACUUGAGCAGUCUAAGGUGAAUUUGUAUAAAGCAGCCUUGAUCAUAGUUCUGUAUUUCUAGAUCACCUCACCAUGUUUAGUUUUCAUAAACCAAAGAUUUACCGAUCUGCAAAUGGCUGCUGUAUCUGUAAGGCCAAAUCUUCCAGCUCAAGAUUUACUGACAGCAAGAAAUAUGAAUCAGAGUUUGAAAAGUGUUUCUGUAUUAAAGAAAGACGAUCGGGUGAAAUCUGUAAUGCUUGUGUUUUACUGGUGAAAAGAUGGAAAAAAUUACCUGUAGGAACUAACAGAGAUUGGAGCCAUGUGGUUGAUGCCCGGGCAGGUCCAGGAACUAAAUCUGUUAACAAAGCUAAAGCCAAGGCAUCUAAGAGAUUACAGAAGAAACAUAAAACUAAAAAAACAAAUGAAAAAAUGGAACAUGCAAGCUCUCCUGGUAGCUUUUCUGAUGAUAUGAUAGGUGGGGAUGACAGUCUGAGUGAAGCCUCGAGCCUUUCUUUUUCUCACAGUCGUGCCCCUAGUCCUUCCCCAAGUAGCACGUCUGAGGAUUCUGGAAUUUUGGAAGAACCAUACGAGUCUGAAAUAGUUGACAAUGGAAGGUCUACACAUAGUCGCACACAAGUAGAUACCAUACGCCAUACAAAAAUGAAGCUGUCACCAGAGGCUUCUCGUAUCUCAUCCUUUUUGGACAUGAACUUUUGGAGAAAGGAAAAAAUUUGCUGUGGAAUUAUAUUUAAGGGGCCAAAUAAUGAGGUGCUAAUAUAUCCCAAGCUGCUCCGUCCAUGUCCUUGCCGUAAAAGUCUUGAUGCUGGCGGAGAAUCUCCACAAACGGUACACCAAGAAAAAUCUCAGUUUGCCGGAAAAGGUCAACUUUCAACCACUGAUAUUGCUACUUCUAGAUGUGAAAAAGUCUAUUAACAUUGGCUAAACUUAGUUUCAUUUAUUUAUUUUACCUUAUGUAAGAGUUUUUAUCUGAGUCCAGUCAAAGUAAGUUGAAAAACAAACUUGACUACAAAACAUACAGUAAACAAAUUUUGUGAGAUGAAUUGCUUUCACUUUUUGUUCCCCCCUCUUUAAUGUGAAAAUGUCAAUAGAUUAUAUGGUAGUUAUUUCCAGUACUUCUCUGGCACAUUCCAAGUAUUUCAUAUAAAGGCUGGAUUCAGUGUAGAUUUAAUUUUGUAACCUUCCAAAAAACAAGAUACGAACAGUAUUAAAAGUUGUGUUCAAGGUUACUUGUAAAUUAACUAAUAAACUUGAGAUUUAUAUGUCAUUAAAUGAUUUUUUAAUUGUUGUUAUAUUAAAUUCCAACAAAUUGUUUCCUCUUUUUCUACAAUAAAUUACAUCCCUAUGAAAAAUUUCUAUCUAGUUGCAUUAAAAAAUAUGAGAACAAAAGAUUGACUUAAUAUUUUGUCCUCGGAUUGGUGUAAUGAGAUAGUUAUUUAAUUUGUUGUUUUAAGAUGGUAAAAACUUUUUCAGGAAAUUAUUUUGGCAAAAUGCAAGGCUGUAAGAUGUACCAGGUCUUUACUGUAUUUAUUCAGUGUAAUAGCAUCCAAAAAAAUUAUGAAAUAUUGUUUAGUUAAUGUUUCACAAUGACCAUUCAAACAAAUUCUGAAACUAAGUAAUUCUGGAACAGUAAUUACAGUUGGGUAAUGAAACUGUUUUAUAAUGCAACAAAUAUAAGAGGAAAAUUAUAUAUGGAUUAGAAAUAAAUACAGUAGUAACCAAAGAAUCUUGCAGAAAUUUUAAAGAAACUUUAGCUUGAUAGAACCAAAGUUGUCAUUUCAAAUUGGGGUGGUUAAUUAAAAGGUCAACUUCAUAUUAGGGGUUCCAUGCCUCGGUGACCUAUAGGUAGAACUUUAAGAUCAGGUGGAGAAACAGCAUUACUAGUAUUUCGACUGUGUGUAUGAGUUAAAGAAUCACUUGCUUGGUUAGUUCAGGAUUUCCUCAUGAAUUCAUGAUUCAAUACAGUUGAAUAGCAUUUAGUUUUUGCUACUGUAAGUAUCCUAACAGUUUACCACUUGGGUAUAAAGAAUUAAUUGAUGAAUGAAGUAGGGGCUGGUACUUUAAGUUUAUAAAAUUGAAUUUACAUUUUUUAAAUAUUAAUAUAUAUUUUAAAAAUGUGUUUCACUAAUAUUCUAAUGUUUGGUGCACUUAUCACUCAAAUAGCAUUUUCGGUUAAUAGAAAAAAUACUUGAUAUACUGUAGCUUUAUGAUUGUACUUGUAGCUCUAAGAGUAAUGUUAGCAUAUUAUGAAAAUAAUAUAAACUGUUGAUUCUGUUUUUCUCUCUUUUCACACCUCGCCCUUCCUUUUACUAUAAGCUUGUGACGAGAUAUUCAAGCUAGUAUGUUGAUUUAUCAACACUGUUUUUUUUUUUGAGAGAAAGAGUAUUUAAACUUUUUUUUUCAUGCUUGAAUAGAUUUAUAUUUUGGAGAAAAGUUGCAUUUUUGUAUGUCUAAUAACAAAUGAUGGUUAGGACUGAGUGCUUGUGCACUCUAAAAUAAAAACCUCUAAUAACUUAAACUAAACAGAGUAUAUUAUACUUCCACAACUUGGUGAAAUAAGUUAUUCAUUUGUAAGACUGGAAAAUAUUGAAUAUGUUGUCUUAUUUAUAUGUAGUUUUCACUGUGAUUGCAUACACAUAUACAUAUAUUAUUACUUAGUUAUUUAAAAGUGUCAAUCAUGUAGUUACACUAACAUUUCUGAUCUUCAAGUUGAGUAUUUAAAGAUUUACUUUGACUGGACUCUCAUCAAGAUUUUUUAUUGUACCUAUUAUUAAAAUGAUUUAUGUCGUAAUUAUGGCUAAAAUUAUUCACAGAUGUUGUCAUUUGUUAAGAUAAUAAGCU